GGCGCUCGGUGCGGUGCCUGCGCGCUCCGAGGGGACGAGGCCGAGGUCAUUCGAGAGAAUUGCAGAAAUGGCUAAAGUGACCCAGCUAAUUGACAAUGAAGUCUUCCGGGCUUAUGUUACCUAUGCAACUAUUAUUCUUCUGAAAAUGAUGCUAAUGAGUUGUAUAACAGCGUACUACAGGAUCAGAAGAAAGGCAUUUGCCAACCCAGAAGAUGUACCUUUUGGUAAAAGUGAGAAUGCCAAAAAAUUUCUGCGAACUGAUACAGAUGUUGAACGUGUGCGCAGGAGCCACCUGAAUGACCUUGAAAAUAUUGUCCCCUUCUUUGGCAUUGGACUGCUGUAUGCUCUGAGCGGCCCCGAGCUGUCCACAGCCUUGCUGCACUUCAGGAUCUUCGCUGGGGCUAGGAUCUUGCACACUAUUGCAUACCUGACCCCGCUCCCCCAGCCUGGCAGGGGGUUGUCCUGGGCAGUUGGGUACGUGGUGACCUUCUCGAUGGCCUACAAAGUGCUGAAGACUGCACUGUACCUGUAACGGAGCUGCGUCCCUGUGUAGCGUUCACCGUUCCAGGUGAAGUUUACAUCAGGGUGUGCUGAUGUCUUGAAUGAGCCGUUGUAACCCCUUCAUGGUGACCCCAAUUCAGUUUCCAGCAGAGGCUUUUCAUUCCUGUUUAGAUAUGUUUCCUUUUAGAGGAGAAAAAAGAUCCUUCUCCCUAUAUUCCCUUUUCAAAGGCUGCAUUGCCAAAAUAUUAGAUUGAAUUUUCUUUCUGUGAUAUGUCAAGUGCUUAUGAUUCUAAGCAUAUGAUGAUGCUGUAUUGAUGGCAUAUGUGGUAAUUUUCUACAGAUGUACUAUUUUUGGCUCUAGCUCUGAAGUCUAAAUCAAUA